AUGACACUGAGUAUCGGUGGGCACCAGGAGCAAGGUAGCAGGAACUAUCAGGAAGACAGAGCCGCUGUUCACUUCUGUCGAGCGCAAGAGGAAUGCGUGUUCUACAAUGCCGGUACAUGUCCAUGUGUCGUGUCGGGCCUCGUUGGGGCUAUUUAUGAUGGUCACAGUGGAGAAGAUGCUAGUAAGUACCUUCAGACUUACCUCGGCAACGCUGUCUUGAAAGCCGUUUAUGAUCUCAAACGGCAAUAUGGAAAAGUUCGAGAUUGUAAGAGUUUCGGUGACGCUAUCAAGCGGUGUUUCGCUGAACAAGACUCCAUCAUUCUCGCGGAAGACGCUAUUAAGGAUGGCAGUACCAUGUCGAGCUUGAGCGAAGAGCAUGUCGCCUGUGUUAUCGCAAGUGAUGGUUUAUGGGAUGUCAUUUCGGAGGAGGAAGUUGCCGAAGCUGUCGUAGUAGCACGGGAGAAAUUCCCACUACUGACGCCUCGUGACUUGAGCGAAGAGCUUUGUCGGAUGGCGCUACUGCGGAACUCACAAGACAACAUAACGGCAGGCAAUUGUGAGAAGUAA